GAAAUCAUUUGGAACAUACCUGUAAGUGUGGAGGCCUUCAGUCAGAAGGGCUGGUAAGCAUGCAGGCAUCCCAGCCUGAACACGAGGUGGGGACCACAGACGGGAAGCCCUUCAGCAGCCAGGACAACUUCCCCUCUCAGGAAAGCAUGCUGAGCCCAGCGAACCUGACAGAUGACCAGAUAGCCGCAGGUCUCUAUGUAUGUACAAAUAAUGAAAAUACUCUGAAGUCCAUCAUGAAGAAGAAAGAUGGGAACAAAGAUUCAAAUGGCACAAAAAAGAAUCUUCAGUUUGUUGGCAUUAAUGGCGGGUAUGAAACAACCUCAAGUGAUGAUUCCAGCUCAGAUGAAAGCUCUUCUUCCGACUCAGAUGAUGCAUGUGAUGUCCUUGAGUAUCCUCCUGAAGAAGAGGAGGAUGAAGAGGAGGACGAAGACAUUCGGGGAAUGGCGGAAGGGCACCAUGCAGUUAAUAUUGAAGGUUUCAAGUCUGCCAGGGUGGAAGAUGAAAUGCAGGUUCAAGAAUGUGAACCUGAGAAGGUGGAAAUCAGAGAGAGGUAUGAAUUAAGUGAAAAGAUGCUGUCCGCAUGCAACUUACUGAAAAGUAAUAUAAAUGAUCCCAAAGCUUUGACCAGCAAAGAUAUGAGGUUCUGUCUGAACACCCUCCAGCACGAGUGGUUCCGUGUGUCCAGUCAGAAGUCAGCUGUGCCAGCCAUGGUGGGCGACUAUAUCACUGCUUUCGAGGCUGUCUCCCCAGAUGUCCUCCGCUACAUCAUCAACAUGGCUGAUGGCAAUGGGAACACCGCUCUCCACUACAGUGUGUCCCACUCCAAUUUUGAGAUCGUCAAGCUGCUUCUGGAUGCAGACAUGUGUAAUGUGGAUCACCAGAACAAGGCAGGGUACACACCCAUCAUGCUGGCUGCCCUGGCGGCUGUGGAGGCAGAGAAGGACAUGCGGGUUGUUGAGGAACUCUUUGGCUGUGGGGAUGUAAACGCCAAGGCCAGUCAGGCGGGGCAGACAGCCCUCAUGCUGGCUGUCAGUCAUGGGCGGAUAGACAUGGUGAAGGGCCUGCUGGCCUGUGGAGCUGACGUGAACAUCCAGGACGACGAGGGCUCCACCGCCCUGAUGUGUGCCAGCGAGCAUGGGCACGUGGAAAUCGUCAAGUUGCUGCUGGCCCAGCCAGGCUGCAAUGGCCACCUGGAGGACAAUGAUGGAAGCACCGCCCUCUCGAUAGCCCUGGAAGCAGGACACAAGGACAUCGCCGUUCUUCUGUAUGCCCAUGUUAACUUCGCAAAAGCCCAGUCUCCGGGUACCCCUCGGCUUGGAAGGAAGACAUCUCCUAGUCCCACCCACCGAGGUUCAUUUGAUUGAUAUAUGCAAACAGCCCUCCAGUUACAUGCCCAUAAGCUGCUAAUUGUUCCUGUUGGGGUGACAGAUACUGAAUGUAUAUGGACCAUGUCUGAGCUCACUAGCCCACAGCAGCAUAAGGGCCUGGACUUAAGGCUGACGCCUUUGUAAGGGAAGGGGGGAGACUGCCAACCUGGGUCUGCAGGACUCCUCUGAGUAGGGCUCAUUUGAACCUGUCUCUGUGGCUGCUGAGUCUGCUCCGUUAUGUACAGUGGUAGGAAAUGGUAACCCAACCUGAAAGGGCAACUUCUUUCUUCUCCCCUUCAUCCUACAACACAAAGUGGUGUCAGGUUCUCCUUGGCGGGAUAUUUUUUAAAUUCACACAAAUAUUUAUACUUACUAACUAUGGAACCAUUGGAAAGCUCUUCCAAAAUUCCAUUCCGUGAUGAUUGUUAAUUUUUGUCUUUUUUAUUUUAAAAGUAAGAAGGUUGAGAUGACUUUGGUCAUCUGCAACCUGGGCCCUAGGCUGAUAGUUUCUGGUUUAAAAAUAGAAGAUGGAACCCUCAUACCAUAUAAACUUAAAAAGGAAAUGUUUUCAUACAUCAGGUGGAUGUAUGAUAUGGCUUUUUAUAUAAAUGAUAUCUAUGAAAUUGACAGAGAAUUUUCAAUUAUAUAUAACAUGACCACAUUUUUAACAAUUGCACAACCCUGUCUGCAUCUAAUAAAGGUUGAGUUGUGUUAGAGGAACUGGCUGUCCACUUGCCACUAGAGAAGCAGCGUAGUUCUUUAUGGAUUCCUUUAUACCAUGUCACAUUUACUCUGGUCCUGUCUGUAUUUAAAUGUCUGAAGUGCCUUAGACUCUUGCCAUAUUUUCAAAAUAAAAUUUCAUU